GUUUGUUCAUGAAAGCGUUAAUCCAGACGCAUUUUUUCGCAUUUUAUGUGACGGUCCCUGAAGGCCUCACGUCUUCUUUGGAUUCAAAGUCCUCCUGUUUUUUUUUGUGUUUUUCCUAAAUUGAAACCUGCUUCUGUUUUUCUGUUUUAGAGUUUUGAAUCACAGACUUCAGAUGGUCACAUGACGUGUUGGUCACAUGACGUGAUGGUCACAUGACGUGACCUCAGGAGAUCUCUGCUCAUGUUCUCAGGCUCAUUUAAAUGAAUAACUAAACUAUGCUUAUGUUAAGUAAAAUAUCCCAAUUGGACUUAUGUAGUUAAGUUAUAUAAUAUAAAUAUACACAUAUUUAUACUCAUCCAUUAUAUGUAAGACAUGAGAUGCACUAAAACUAAUAUAUUUAGUUUUAAAUCAUGUGAAUCUUUAUUACACAGCUAACGAUGAUGAGGAUGAUGGUGAUGAUGACGGUGUUGAUGAUGAUGGUGACGAUGAUGAUGGUGAAGGAGAAAAACUGCUCUUCCUCUCUUUAGCUUUGUGUUGCUUGCUCCUACAUCUUCAUCACGUCCAAAGUCCAUCCUCCACUUCCUCUCACCAAGAAACCCUGCGUGUAAACGCGUGUGCGUGUAAACGCGUGUGCGUGUAAACGCGUGUGCGUGUAAACGCGUGUGCGUGUGACCCGAGCUCUUAAGCUUCGCUCAGCAAGCAGCACACGGGUCACGUGGUCCAGUUCUUCUGUUGGCCGCUCACGGAGAACGUCCUCCCGGCAUUAGAGGGCUGAAGGGCUUUAGUGGCAACGGGUAAGAGGUCAAAGGUCAGAGACCUCGUAUUAAAAGGUAUUUCUUAUGAACAGCUUUGGUCUGGACCAAGAGAUGAAAGCUGUGAAGGUCCCGUUGCCCCUCAGAGCGUCAAACAAGAAACAAGAAGUAGCGUUUUGAGGUUCGCCAUCUUUUCUUUUGCAACCAGAAGUGAAGAGAGGGGGCGGAGCUACUGAAACAACUACAGACAUUGUGAAGAGACGGAGAAGGAAGCGUUUGUGUGGACCAGAAACUCCAACCAAAGCACCACAGAAGAAGAAGUUUGCGUAGAAGCAGAAGAAGAAGCACAAACGGCAGGAAGCCAAGAUGGGGAGGAAGAAGAUCCAGAUCGCACGAAUCAUGGACGAACGGAACAGACAUGUGACCUUCACCAAGCGUAAGUUCGGGCUGAUGAAGAAGGCCUACGAGCUGAGCGUGCUGUGCGACUGUGAGAUCGCCCUCAUCAUCUUCAACAGCACCAACAAGCUGUUCCAGUACGCCAACACCGACAUGGACAAGGUGCUGCUCAAGUACACCGAGUACAACGAGCCGCACGAGAGCCGCACCAACGCCGACAUCCUGGACACGCUGCGUAAGAAAGGCCUCAGCGGCGCCGACAGCCCCGACCUCGAGGCCGACGACUCGGCGGGUCAAAGCGCCGAGGACGACGACAAGUACCGAAAAAUCAGCGAGGACAUCGACCUGAUGAUCGACAGGCAGAGGCUGUGUCAGGGUCUGGUCCCCUCUGCAUACGACCUGGGCCUCUCCGGCCCCCCCAGUGCUCUGCUGUACUCUCACCCUGGGAUGGGGUGUGGUUUGCAGAGGGACGGGUCGUCCCCCCAGAGGCCGUCCAGCGCCGGGGACGCAGGAGACGGCGGCUACGGUAACCAUGGUAACCACUGCUCGUCUCCGGGAGGCGGGGCCAGACACCUGCAGGAGAAGACUCCUCCCCCGAUGAGCGUGAGCCGGAAGCCGGACCUCCGCACGCUGCUGCCCCCCCCCAACAAGUGCAGCAACCUGCCCCCCAGCAACCACAGGCUCAGUCCCUCUCAGAGUCUGUCCUCGCCGGCCGUGUCCCUCUGCGCUCAGACGCUCCCGGGACAGCUGGUGGGGGGGUACCUGUCCUCCUCCUACGGGACAGGUGAACUUCUCCUCAGCGGCUUCGGAGGUUCUGGUCUCGGAUCGGUAGCCAGCUGGCAGCAGCAGCAGAACCUCCAGCACUCGGCGCUCGGCCACAUGGGGACCUUCUGCCAGAACCCAAACCUGAACUCCGCUCCCCACCAGAACCUCCACAUCAAGUCCGAGCCGGCCUCCCCCCCCCGGGACCGGGGGGGCCUCGCGGGGCUGGUCGGCGGCUGCGUGACCUUGGCCGGGUACUCGGUGGGCGCGGGUCGUUCCCCUGGCAACAGCGCCUCCAGCUGCGGGAGCUCGUACGAGGGCGGCGAGGAUCACCACGGCAACUUCCUGCUCCAGCCGCCGGCCAAUCACGAGGAGCGCCGCAGCCCGUCAGUCAAGCGCAUGAGGCUAUCGGAGGGGUGGGCCACAUGAUGGCGCCGCCCUGCAGCCGGAGGGGGGGCGCGUAGUGGUGUCGUGUUUUCUUGUGCGAGUGGCUGUGUAGCGGUGAUGGGCGGGACAGGGGGCGGAGCCUAACUGCUGAAUAAGAACACAGUGGUUCAGAUUCAGGGACAUCAGGGAAGUAUUCAUCAAACUGCUGAGAGCUCCACCCAAUGACACAUAUAAUACAUCAUGUAUGUGCUAUAUGAGACGUGACGGGGAAGAAGGUUCACACACAUGGAAACACGUGAUGGAAACACGUGAUGGAAACACGUGAUGGAAACGGGGAGAGAGCAAGUGGAGGAGAUGGAGGAGAUGGAGGAGCUGUGGUGGGCGGAUGAUGGAUGAGGAAGUUAUUUGCAUAGAGAAGUUUCACUCAGUGGAUGAAAGAUUAAAGCGUUGAGAUCCGAUCAGUGUUUGGUAACAACACUGAGAGAUAUUCACAAAUAUUUAGUAUAAAUGUCCCUAAAAAAUGAUCAAAUUCAUUAUAAAUUAUGAGGCAUGAAAAACGACAUGAGAAGAAAUAAGGAUUCUUAAAUUCCACAUGUUUAAAAAACAUCAAGAUGCUCAAAUUGGAUUAAAAACUUGAAUAAAAUCAAAUGUAGCAAAGUUAAAUCCAUUCAUUUAUUUUAGAGUUAAAUUUCACAACCAGUCGACGAAAAGCAAACAAGCAUCACAGCGUUUCUUCGUAUAUCUGAACCUCCGAGGACGCUAGCGGUUAGCUUAGCAUAGUGGUCAGAGGGAGGGUCACAUUAACAGGACAGCGAUGCUCAGCUGUACAACGGUUACAUAGUGUUAUAUAAUUGAUAUUCUUGUCUGCAGCUUUAUUUAAUACGAUUACAGUAAUAUAAUUAAAGGCUGGUGGUUUUCUAUUUAACAUUCAGGGAGAUUUUAAUUUAACUGGAAGUUUAAAACAAUAUUCCCAUAAAAGGUCAAAGCUCAAAAUCCGUCUCACAAAAGGACAAAUUACUGUGGAUUCUAUAAAAGUGUUUUUGUUUCUUUCUGCCAGGGCGCAACUCUGCUGAAGUAAAAGUACAAGAAAUGUAAAGAGAAAACUAAAAAUCGAUCUCAGUCUUUCAUAUCGUAGAGAAAUAUUUUAAUUUAAUAGAAGUUUAAAAGUAGCAUAAAGUAGAAGUAGUAACGUAGUUGUACCUCAAAAUGAUUCAAGUACAGUAGUUGAGUACUUUCCACCAGUUGGGACAUUUCAGAUAAUCCGUGCCUUGUACCUAAAACUGUCUCCACCACCCGCCACAAUAAGAGCGUGGACAGAGCAGAGACGGUCGUUGACGUUUGAAUAUUUGGGUUUGAUAGCUGUAUAUUUGGAGCUUGAACCUUCGGCCAUUAUGUUGUUUUAUUCAUGUCUCAGCUCAUGAACAGGCAGUCGGUCCAGCUCGGGGGGGUCAGACCUGUGAAUGUCCUGCACUGCACAUGUUACAUCUUCCCUCUUUGAACACGCUUCUAAUAACCACGAGUCCAGUGUUGUAGAAGAGACGGUUUUAGCGGCAUAAGCGGGUCUUUGUCGCCGCCCGGGGACGAUGUUCCUCAGGAGACGUCAGAGGAACAUCGUCCUUCACCGAAACAUGUUUGUAUUUUGCAGAAAAAUAUACAAAAAUAAAAAACAGGCUCCGUUA